AUGCUUGCACUUGUUGGAGCAAGGGAACCGCUUGUUCAAGCACAGGCGUGCCACCGUGGUACAAUGCCGCUCAAGUCUCUGGCCAGGCCAAGGCUUUCUCCGGUUACCAUGACCGAAAAAGACAACAAUACACACGACGGUCUAAUUCCCGGUUUGCCGGAAGACAUGGCGAAGAUAUGCCUCGCUCUCGUCCCUCGGAGACACUUCCCUGCCAUGGGUGCAGUGUCCAGGAGGUGGAUGUCGUUCAUCGGCAGCAGAGAGUUCAGUGCUGUCAGGAAGGAGGUUGGGAAGAUUGAAGAGUUGGUCUAUGUCCUUGCUGCUGAAGCUGGAGAAAAUGGGUGUCACUGGGAGGUCUUGGGGGAGCGCAAAAACAGUGCAAUUCCCCCUAUGCCUGGGCUGGCCAAAGUUGGGUUCGGUGUGGUGGUUCUUUAUGGGAAGUUGUAUGUCAUUGCUGGCUAUGCUGCUGUCCAUGGGAAUGACUCUGUUUCUGACGAGGUUUACCAGUACCAUGCUCGGCUCAACAGGUGGGGUGCACUUGCCAAGAUGAAUGUUGCGCGUCGCGACUUCGCCUGCGCCGAGGUCGACGGCACGAUAUACGCUGCCGGUGGAUUCGGCUCCAGCGGCAACAGUUUGUCCAGCGUGGAAGCAUACGAUCCCCGGCAAAACAGAUGGAGGCUGAUCGACGGCCUUCGCAGGCCAAGGUGGGGCUGCUUCGCCAGCGGGUUACACAGCAAGCUCUACAUAAUGGGCGGCCGAUCGAGCUUCACGAUCGGCAACUCCCGCUUCGUCGACGUCUACGAUCCCGGCCGCAGCCGCUGGGAGGAGAUCAAGAGAGGCUGCGUCAUGGUCACCUCGCACGCGGUUGUCGGCGAGACCUUGUUCUGCGUCGAGUGGAAGAACCAGCGCUGCCUCUCGGCGUUCGACCCUUCGGACGGUUCUUGGAAGAAGAUUCCGGUGCCGCUCACCGGCAGUUCGAGCACCAGAUUCUGCCUUGGGGCGCGUGGCGGGAAGCUGCUGCUGCUCUCGCAGGAGGAAGAGGGCGGGUAUCAGACGAUGACGUACGAUCCGGCUGCGGCGCCGGGCUCGGAGUGGGGGACGUCGGAGCUGAAGCCGUCGGGGUUGUGCCUGUGCAGUCUGACCAUUCAGGUUUGA